CUUUUAUGCCGGGCGGGGGGAGAAGAACCGUUGUAAAAACCGGGGUAGAUGUUGAGAAACAAGAUGUGCCAGAACAGCACGAGAUGCAAGAACUACGGCAUCAUCUUCCAGGAGCUGCGCCGGCGCGCGAGGACCUGCCUGCCGCGCGUGCUGUGAAGGAGCUCACCUCCGCGGAACAGCAGCGGUUGUUUCUGCGGAUGCUUUUGAAAGUCGAGUGGAUGAAGCAGCAGCUCCUAGACGUAGGGGACGAGGAAAAAGCUAAAGCAACAAGUCGUGCUGGGCAGCAGCGGCCACCGAGUGGUCAAAGUCAAAAUGCCGCCGCUUUUGUAUCAUCUGUCAACGGUUCCGGCUUCCUCGACUGUCCGAAAUUACAGUAUCAAAUGCAAAUAUGUCUGGUUCUGGAAACUUGUCAUGCUAAUACACGAAUGAAAAAAUUACUAGAGUGUGCAGCCGAGGAGCAUGACAGAUUUUUUAACGGUCCUGUGAUGUGUAAACACGCAUGAGAAACUGCGUUUUUGCAUGACACAGAAGCACCUGCGCCGCUAUUCCGCAACACGCAUUACAGAGUUUGGGAGUAUGCGAGUUCAGCAUUACAAAUCUUGCAUUCUUCCAGACCCAGACAUGUUUGCAUUUGAUAUACAGAAGGAGCUGGCAACGGCCGUGAUUGAAAGCGAGAGAGUGAGUGAUCUGAAGAAGAUGCUGAAGGAGCUCUUAUUUAGUGCCUCUUCUUGGUGCCCCUUCGGUCGUGGCGACGGCGGCGGCGUUUCAGAACAAGGAGCCUCUAGUACUCCUGCGAUGGUGUCCAGCACUGGAGGUCCUACAAUGGCCACCUCACCAGGCUCUAAAUCAUCAAGAACUUCUACCUCUUCGAGCAGAAGUAGGAGCAGAUCCUCCUCUUCCUCAUCCUCGCGGCCCCGCAGCAGAUCUAUGAGAAUGCACAACUCCCCCUCCCCCUCAUUUGUAUUGCAUGAACAGCAAUACAAGCGUCAGCAAGAAUACAGGUUUUGCAAGACAAAUUUUGACAGGAGUGUAGUGCUAUUUGGGCUGCCAGAACUUGUCAUGCUAACAGUGCCCAGAGGCAAGGCGUAAGUUAGGCACUUUGCAUCACAAAUGAGGGGGAGGGGGAGUUGUGCACUUUCAUAAGAUCCUCGUCUUCCUCGCGGUCUCGCCGAGCUAAGGAGAAGAAAUUCGGAACGCGAGGCCCGUUCCUGCUUGAAGACGACAUAGAAAACCCCACCGGAGAAGCCGACCGCUUGAUGCGGCUGGGGGGACCAGAAGAUGAACAACUGCAGCCCAGAAGAACAUCUUCGCGCGGGUCAUCUCGCCGCAGGAGCUCGGGGGGAGCCGCGCGAAGAGGACGCAGGCAAGCUACUACUUCUCCGCACCAAGAUGAUGAAGUGCUGCUGAUUCAUGAAGCGGCCCACGGAGGAGGGG